AUGCGGCCCUGGGUGGAAUGUCUGUGCCUGUAUUUGCCGAACCCGGGAAAACCAACUUCAGUCGAUGAUUUUCUGUGUGUAAUGAGCCUCGAAACUGAUGGGUUGCGUCAAAGGCGGGUGGGUGUGAAACGAUUAGUCGAGGAUUUAGACAUUUUUGAAAAGGUUGUUGAUAAUGUCAAGGAGGAGAAAAGAUUGUCUUCAGGUCUAAUUUCUGUCAUAUGUUUCUCUGUUAUAUUCUGCCUUGUUGUUGGCGAACUAAUGCACUAUAUUUCUGGACGCAAAGAAUACGAGUAUCGUUUUGAUGUGGAUACUGCUCUUGAUGAUUUACCAAAUCUGGACAUUGAUUUGGUCGUCGCAACGCCUUGUAAUAACCUUGCAGUUAUGAGCAGUAUGGAUGAAAGUGGUGGAAUAUUUGCUCCCUUGCAACAGAGCAUUCAAAAGGAUCCUACUAGAUUCGAGUUUACUGAGGAAGAACAAAUGUACUGGACGAUUUUACGACACGCGCAUGCGACCAUCAAUAACGGCGGUCUUAGGGGGCUUGAGGAGUUGCAAUACGUCGACUCAGACGUUGAAGAUAACUUGGAGGAGCUCGCUAAUAAGAAGCAAAAUGAUGAAGCUGCAGUACUUAGUGAGCAGCGAAAAAGUCAGAAAGAUGGAGAUGGCUUUGGAAAUGGUCAGAUGAUCGUCAUGAUUGGUAAUGGAAUGGGUAUGUUUCAAAUUGUGGCAUCAAACGGUGUUGAUGAAGGUACUGCAUGUCGUGUGCAUGGUAAGUUCCCCGUCCGCAAAGGAAAAGAAGAGAAAAUUACAAUUUCUGUCGGAACUUCGCUUGGCUUGGGAGUGUUUGCUCAUGUGGAGGGAUUUCAACAAUCUGGAAACAUUUCUCAUCGUAUCGAGAAGUUCAAUUUUGGUCGAAGGAUUAGAGGUCUAGUGGCUCCUCUCGCUGGUGCUGAGCAGAUUUCUGAAAGUGGUCAAGAUAUUUAUCGAUACUUCAUAAAAGUAGUCCCUACAAAGAUUUACCAUGGAAUUUUUGGUCGUUUCACAAUGUCUUACCAGUAUUCCGUUACGUUUUUGAAGAAGAAACUAAACGAGGGUGAACACAGUCACGGCGGUAUUCUGUUUGAGUACGAAUUUUGCGCGAAUGUUAUAGAAAUUAAAGAGGCCUACAGAUCACUCGUAUCCCUCUUGGUUCGGCUCUGCGCCGUUGUUGGUGGAGUAUUUGCAACUAGUCGAAUUAUUAACAACGUGAUUCAAUUGAUUCUGAGUGUAAUACCAUGGGCGAAAAUCCCAGCUUCAUCGACUGUUCACGUCGAAAAAAGUGCUCUGUUAAACAGUGGCAUAGUCGUACGAUAG